GCGCCCGCAAAACGUUUCGAGAAUGGCAAUGGCGACGAACGUCUACGGAUCACCAAUUGCUGUUCACGAAGAAAUUGAUAAUUCGUUUAAUGACAGGGAAGGAGACAGCGACCUUGAGAGGCCUACUUGUGUAUGUAACACCACUUGUGCCAGGAGGUCUGGGAAACGCCGUGGAUGUCCGUGUAAAGAUUCGAAUUUGGCAUGCACUGACGCAUGUGCUUGUGGGAGGAAGAAACGUGGAACAGUCAUAGAGUGGUGCUCCAAUGGCAAACCAGGAUCUGUUGACCAAAUUGAGCAGGCAGCUGAAGUACAAGAUGGGCAUAUAAAUAUGGAACAAGAAAUAAUUCAAGCAAAACAAAGAGUCCAGAAUGUAAUAAAUGACCUUCCAAUUGAGACACUGCACAAUUUGAUAGUAGAGCUUGCUGUGACUGGAGAAGGGAGCUUUGAAUUUGUGCAGGAUUUGGUGCAUGUGAUUCAAAGUCCAAAUCCCGAAGCUAACAGACCAAUGGCCUUACCCUGGUGUAAAUGUGGUGUAUGCACUGAAAUGGGAAAGGAAGAAGAAAACAAAUGUUGCAAGAGGACAAUAUGUGUCACCUCAUAUUAUAUGUUUAAGAAGCUGUGUCUGGACAGGGAUGUUCUUAAGCUGAACAUAACUGCAAGAUGUGAUCUUAGGGCAGAUCAUAUGACAUUUACAAUGAAUUCAUUUAGAAAGGCUGCCUAUAGACAGUUUGCCCUCUGGAAGUAUGGUCACUUGGGAAGUGGAAAUCGGCGAAUUUUACCAGCCUGUGUUGUUACUGUAAUCCGUAACAUGUAUCCAUCACCGACUGAUGAAUAUAUGGGGUUUAAAGCACACUAA